CUGAAGAGCGCAAUGGCUACGACGCAGCAUUACUUGUGGGCUGCUGGCCACUUCCUCCUACUCAUAUGCUCGCUUCGGUACUUCCUCGCGAAGUUGCUGUUCAGAGCUGUCUCCUCGUUCUGGUACAAAGCAAGCUUCACGGGAGCGCUCGUCAGUUAUGCCAUCGUAUGCCAAAAAUCUCUAGGGGUGCCGCAACCCAACGCUGCUUGGAUAAAGCGCGCCUUGCUGGAUGAGAAUGUGCAAUACUUCCUGCUUGCGUUCUGGUGGUGGACUUCGCGCCCCGUUACGUUCGCGCUCUUGCCUUACGCCAUCUUUUCCCUCUUCCACGCGCUCACAUUCACGCGCACGACAUUGAUGCCCCAGUUCCUUCCCCCUGGGCCGCCUGCUCAGCAAGGCGCCGCUCCCACUCCUCAUCCCUUGGCCAAGAAGCUGCAGCUCUGGGUGAAGGCCAACUACGAUAACGCGAUGAAGGCUGUUGCAUUCACUGAGCUCCUGAUCAUGGGGCGCGUCAUUUUCGGAACGUUGACAUUCCGCGACGCCCUCCUUUCACCCUUCGUCUACGCAUUCUUCCUUCGUCAGCGCUGGUAUCAGUCCAAGUUCACACGUGAGGCGAUCGCUUUCGUCCAUGCCAAGAUUCUAGGCUUCGUGAACAGCCCUGGAAAGCCUCCUGUGCUGUCGCAGGUCUACACUCAAUUCGCGGGCAUCAUCGCCAGAUUUGGAGGAUCGUCGCUGACCGCUGCUGCGGGUCCGAACGCUGCCGGCGCAGGUGCGGGUGCGGGCGCACGCCGGCAGUGAGCUUUGUAACGUAACGAGUACAGUAACGGUUUCCCUAUAACGACUUGUCUUGACUUCUGCUCGAACUCUACUCUCUGGGAUUCAGUAGGACGAUAGAAUAAAUUGCAAUCUAACUAUGUCGUGUAUACGUCAGAUUCGCACUAGCCCGAAUCAUGAUUUGCUUGCUCCUCGUCUACUCCGCCUGCGAGCGUCAUGACGUCACGCGGCGAGGGGUAUAACAAGGCGCGGUCGAUCGUAGUGCACCGUCAUAAUUCCUCCUCACAACAUCCCACCCC